AGAAGGACAUGAGAUGAGAGAGGUCAUUGUAUGAGACUACUGAUUCCUCCUUAUAUCUUUGGAUUUCUGGUGUCGGCAUCUACUGUAGCUAUUUUUACCACACCCAUUCACUUGACUGGUGGAAGCAGUUUUUGUCAGAAACAACUGUUGCAACUUUGGAAAACUUUGGAAAAAGCCAAGAAAAGAAAAUAAAUCCUGAUCAUAUGACUGUAGAGAGCUUGUGUUUUAGUUGAUCUGCACAGUUUUCCCCUCUUCACCAUGGCAGACAGGUGGAUCCUUCUGGUGCAAGCUCUGUGUCUUGUCCUGUCCACACCUGUGGUAGUGGGACCAGAAUGCCCCAAAGGAUUUGAACGGGUCGCCGAUCAAUGCAAUGAUACUAAUGAAUGUGAUACUAAAGAGAUAUGUGGAAAAAAUGCAGAAUGUUUCAACACGAAUGGUAGCUUCCACUGCAAAUGUGUUACUGGUUUUAGAUCAUCAACAGGGAAUGUGACUUUUUCAGCAUCAACAUCUCAGAAAUGUCAUGACAUUGAUGAAUGUAAAAAUAAAACGGAUUGCGGUCCGAAUGCAACAUGCAGAAACACACCAGGCAGUUAUCAGUGUGUUUGUGACGCUGGCUUUGGACUUAAAUCUGGCAAAUUUCACUUCUUUGGGACUCAGGAACAAUGUGAAGACAUAUGUGUCAUUAAUAAAACAAUCUGCGGAAAUGGAACCUGCCACCAUGGAGCCAGUGGCCAUUAUUGUGUAUGCCAUGCAGAGUCCUCUAACUAUGGCAGAAAAGUGUCUGGCUGCACUGCAUUAAACUGUGAUGUAUUCCAAAAUAUGACACAGACAUUUGACAGUGCACAUGAUCUUGUGAUGCAAUUGAAAACAAUCUGUCUGGGACUUACAAAAGGUGACAGUCUGACUCAAUUGGAUGGAAAGGAUAUACUGAAGAAACUGUUGUCUUUGAUCAAUGCGCUCUUGUCCAGUGGAAACUUCAAAUAUAACAAGAAAGUCUCCUACUUUCUGGACAUAGUGGAAGAGACUUUGAGGCUUAUAUCACCCUUGAUAAAGACCCCAGGGAUAAAUAUGUCUUCUACUCACACAGAGGUGCAGCUGCUUGUACAUAGAGGGGCUGACUUACCCCAGGGAGCUGUGACGUUAUCAGCUAAACAAGUUCAGCUGGACAUUCAGCUGAAGACAGCUGCAGGAGAUCUCUCCUAUUACCCUGGUUUUACAACAGUGUCCAUGCUGAGUUAUGAAAACCUGGAAGACUCUGCAAAUGGCUUUUUUGAUGGAAUGAGACCAGCGGAGAACCAAAGCUUUAAGAUCAAUUCUAAAGUUGUGACUGUCACAGUCAGUAACAGAAACACAAGUCACCUUGAAGAGCCUGUCAAAUUAACUUUUCAUCACCUGGAACAGUCUAAGGAAACACACAUGUGUGCUUUCUGGGAUUCUUCAGAGGAAGGAGGGACAUGGUCUGCUCGAGGCUGCAGUGUGGUGGAGUCCAACUCUAAAUUCACUGUGUGUUCCUGCAACCAUCUGAGCAGCUUUGCUGUGCUCAUGGCUCUCUAUGAGAUGGAGGACAAGUUUGAGCUGCAGCUGAUCAGCUGGGUGGGUCUGUUCCUUUCUUUAAUUUGCCUGUUCAUCUGCAUUCUGACUUUCUCAUUGAUCGGCUCCAUCAAAAGCCCAAGAACCACCAUCCACCUGCACCUCUGCAUCAGCCUCUUCAUUGCCAACCUAAUCUUCCUUGCAGGCAUCUCUCAAACAGAGAACCGGGUUGGCUGUGCAGUGGUAGCAGGGUUUUUGCAUUUCUUCUACCUGGCAGCAUUUUGCUGGAUGUGUCUGGAGGGCAUCCAACUCUUCAGAAUGGUGGUUCUGGUCUUUAACACCAACUUCAACACCUUUUACAUGAUGGCAGGUGGCUAUGGAGUUCCAGCUGUAAUUGUCGCUAUUUCUGCCUUAGCUAAUGCCAAGGGAUAUGGCACUAAGAGAUAUUGUUGGCUAAACCUAGAAACCAUCUGGAGUUUCUUUGGCCCUGUCUGUGUCAUCAUGAUUAUUAACAUUAUCUUCUUCCUCAUCACUGUGUGGAAGCUGGCAGAGAAGUUCUCAAGUUUAAACCCUGACCUAAACAAUCUGCAGAAAAUAAAGGCAUUCACCAUUACUGCAGUGGCUCAGCUGUGCUUGCUGGGCACCAUGUGGAUCUUAGGAUGUUUCCAGUUUCAGAAGGGCACUAUAGUUAUGUCUUACCUGUUCACAAUCUUUGCCAGCCUUCAGGGGGUCAUGCUUUUCAUCAUGCACUGUCUGUUUUCUAAACAGGUGAGGGAAGAGUAUGGAAACAUUCUUUCCAGAAUCUGUGGAACUCAGAAGAAGAGCUACUCAGAAUUCAGUUCCUCACAGCCCAGCAAAGCACGUGCAUCCAAAAGCAGCCAGGACACAGGAGAGUCUCACAUCUGAGGAGUUAAAGAGUGACUUGGGAGCAAGGUCUGACUGAUUUCCUCAAGAAUUCCAUCUUAGACAAUCAGCCAACUACUGCACUCCCAUCUGUAGACAUUACACCAACUUCACUGCAAAAUACCAUCCUUCCUUACUGUGAGUUGGCCUUUGUAUUUUGUAUGUGUAUAUAUUUCUGGCCAAUUCAAUAUGUAUUGAUAUUUGACUGCCUUCCUACACCAUUCAGUAUGCUGUAGCAUCUUUAAUGUAAUGUAUCUGCUUAUUUGAAGUUUUUCAUUUUCACAGAUGAUGAAGGUUUCUUAACUUGAAUGUUCAAAAAUUAUUUUUGCUAUUUCCUGUGACUGACCGUGUGAAUUAUGUGCCUUAUUAAUUGUGUGUUGGUUAUUUUUUUAACGAUUUUCCUAAGGCCUCUCCUGAAGUUAUCUCAUGUUUAAGGGCUCAGUGGGAAGGUCUUCCCACACUGAUCAUGAAUUGUUUAUUACUUUAUUUUAGUAAUUGUUAAUUACUUUUAGGCUGCUGAAGUAUAAAGAUAUCUUAUUUUGAUUUAAUGUCACAGUGCAUAUUUAGCUGAAAUAAUGGUGAAAAAGCAUCAGCAACCUAAGAGUAAAGUUAGGAGUUCUGUUAAAGAGCACAUGAAAACUAAAUGUCAAACCCAUGACAUUAUUUAUUUCUUCAUUUAUUUUUAGUUUCACAUUCAUGCCUGACACAUUUCAUAACUCUUUGCUUGCUGCUGAAAGAUGUAUCUGCCUGGUUCACAUAUAAGACAGAAAGUUACAGAGGAAAUAGAAGACAGGCUUCUUUUCCUUCCUGUUUAUAGGCAUGAUGGUCUCAAAGGCAACUCUGAAAUAUUGGUGCUUGAAUUUUAACAAACAAACAAACAAACAUUAAGUACAUCUCAAAUCAGAUAUAUAUUAAUUAAUUUUAAUAUUCAGAUAUAUUAAUUUAUAAUAUAUCAGUGCAGAUCAAACACAGUAUUCCCUUUUAAACAUUACCAGCCUUAUGGAGUUAGUGUUGUAUCUUUUGAUUUAUACUCACCUCAUCCCAUGGGAAGAUUUUUGAACACAUGAGUUUUUUAAAUAUGUAAAAUAUUAUAAAAUAUCUGUCAGGUGAUGUUAACAGUGGGCUCUGAGUAUUUUAUUCUUCUAAGUAAGAUUCCACAUGUACAGAAACCCUUGAGUCAUCUGAUUAUCAUCAUGCAGUUUCCUCUGAUGUCUGUGUGUACUGUAUACAUAUAUUUAUGUGACACUGGUGGAUGAUAAUCAUCAUGGUCCGUGAAUAACAGACUUGAAUCUCUUUCUGUUUUGAAGGAAACAUGAGAAUUAUCAUUUAGAAUUUAAGAAAGUGAAUUUUGAAAUAUUUGCAACAGCUGACACUAAAUUUGACUGUUCAAGUAUUCAGCCAGAACUGGAUCAGUAUUGCAAAAUGACAGUGAAGACUGAGAUCACCUCUGCUUUAAAGGCUCAGCAGAGGACAUGAAAUGUUGGGAGGGACACAAAUGUCAACAUUAGUGAUAAAUGAAUGUGACGGAGGAGGCGGCUCGGUAUUCAAAAAAGAUACACUCAUCUUCAUCUUUUAUGUAAUGUUUGUUUUUUAGUAGAAAGAGUAAAAAAAAGAGUUAUGCAAGAUGUUUUAAGUUUCAGCCUUGAUGUUUGAUUAAAUCAUGGUUCACAAGACAUCUUUCUUUUAUUAAUAAAAAAAUCUUCUCAAUUCUGAAUAUCACCCCUGGAUUGGUUUUAAUCAUGCAGUUUCUCUAUAGUUUCUUCUUUUUAACCACUGGAGGUCUGUAACUGUUUAUAUGGGGGUUGGCCACAAAGCAGACAGGUCCUGAACACAAAGGGAGAGUCAAAGGACUCUGUUGGUUGUGUUAUUUCACCAGAAGAUAAACUGACAAGUAGCCUAAGACGACAGGCCCAUUUUUUUAGGCUAAUGUUCAAGUCGGUCAAACUGUCUUAAAAAGGUGCAAGCUAAAUAUUUUUUCUUUGUUGUUCUAGUUGUAGUCAGAUACAAAAUCCAGAUAUAACACAUUGUAUAUCAUUGUGUCUUUAGGAAAAGCCCAGAUGGGAUUGUUAGGGCAGGUCUAGAUCACAGGUAAUGAAACUCAACUUAGUGGCAUU